UCCUAUACUUUUGAUAUGGUUAAUUGUCACAAUUACUCGUUAAUAACCGAAAAUGAAAUAAAGCCGAUCCCCUCAUACUGUCCUUCGGAUUUCCCUUACCCACGGGAUAUUUCAAUAGUAGCAUGUAGGAUAAGACUAGCGAAUUUAGUUUUCAUGUGGCUGUUUACCUUGUUCGGUGGUCUAUGGAUACAAGCUGCUUAUUUCGGAAUUUUGCCAGAGGAUAAUGAUUUAAAAAGGUUGACGGGGACACAUUCUUAUGAUUAUGAGAGACCGCCUCCUUAUUGGUCUAAUUAA